AUGAUUCGCGGCCCGGAGCGCUCGGCCGCGGCGACGCGCCUCGCCUGCUGGGCCGCGCUGCUCGUCGCGUCGGCCGGUCUGAUUGGGGGCGGUGGCGGGAGCGGGAGCCACCGCGCCUCCGCGUCGGCGCUGGCGCUGCGGCGCGAGGACAGCCUCGCGCGGCUCCCGUACGGGGUCGUCUGGGUCGGGGGCGGCGGCGCGGAGGACCCGGAGGCGGACCUGCCGUGCCGGGACGGCGCGGCGAGCGCGCGGACCUGCGAGGAGCUGGGCGGGUCCGGGUCCUUCGACGCGGUCUGCGUCAUCGCCUCCAGCACCGCCGCCCUGUCCCGCGACGCCUGCGCGCACGGGAGCGGCAGCGUCGAGAUACGCGCCGGGGUGAGCAUCGCCUGCCGGGUCCCCGGCUGCCGGCUCGUGUUCAACGUGUCCGGGACCAUCGCGGUCGGCGAGCGCGCCGAGCUCGUCGCCGGCUCCGUCGGCCUGCACGCCGCCAACGUCUCGCUGGGCCGCGGCUCCGCCGUCAACACCACGGGCCUCGCCGGCGCGCCCCCGCCCCAGACCUCCGGCACGCCGCACGGCCCCGAGGGCGCCGGCGGCGGCCACGGCGGCCGCGGCGCGUCGUGCAAGGUGUCGAACGACACCAACUGGGGCGGUGACGUGUACGCGUGGGCCUUCCUGGACAAUCCGUGGAGCUACGGCAGCAAGGGUGGGAGCUUGACCGCUGACGAGAGGCUUGGAGGGGACGGCGGAGGCCGCGUCUUGCUCAGGGCGAGUGACAUUUUGACGGUUGAUGGAGUUGUGCUUGCUGAAGGAGGCGUGGGCAGUCUCCAAGGGGGCGGUGGGUCUGGUGGGAGCAUUAUGAUCAAGGCUUUCAAGCUAUAUGGAAAUGGUACAAUAAGUGCUGGCGGUGGUAAUGGAUGGGGCGGAGGAGGUGGUGGGAGGAUAUCCCUAAAAUUUUACAGCAUUCAGCAAGAUUUGGAAAUUAUAGCUCAUGGUGGACAGAGUUUUGGGUGCCCCCAGAAUGCUGGUGCAGCAGGCACAAUAUAUGAUAAAUCAUUGGAGACUCUAAAGGUCAGCAAUGGAAACUUCACCACGCAUACGGAAACUCCAUUGCUGGGUUUCUCAGUGACUAAACUUUGGUCCAAUGUGCUUGUCGAGAGCAAUGCAAAAGUUCUGGUUCCCUUGCUGUGGUCCAGAGUACAGGUGACAGGGCAAAUAAGGCUACUUACUGGGGGUAGCAUUUGCUUUGGGUUGUCUGAAAAUCCAAUUUCAGAGUUUGAACUGGUUGCAGAGGAGCUUCUAAUGAGUGACUCUGUUAUAAAGGUGUAUGGUGCUUUCAGAAUGUAUGUGAAGGUGCUCUUGAUGUGGGAUUCGAAGAUUCAGAUAGAUGGUGGGGGUAAGGAUGUUGUUCUUGCAUCCAUGCUUGAGGCAAGAAACCUUGUCGUACUCAAGCAUGGGUCAGUGAUAUCUUCCAAUGCUGCUUUGGGAGUUUAUGGACAAGGACUUCUUAAUUUGAGUGGUCCUGGAGAUGGAAUCAAAGCACGCCAACUGUUUCUGUCUCUGUUUUACAACAUUGAAGUUGGUCCUGGUUCCGUUGUCCAGGCUCCACUAGAUGAGGAUGUUCGAAGCAGCUUGGAUGCACUUUCGGUCUGUGAAAGUAAAACAUGCCCUAGUGAGUUAAUCGCACCCCCUGAUGAUUGCCAUGUGAACAGCUCCUUGUCAUUUACACUACAAAUUUGCCGUGUUGAAGACAUAACUGUCGGUGGCAUAGUCAGGGGGAGUAUAAUUCAUAUUCAUCGAGCAAGAACUGUGACUAUUACGGAUGGUGGCGCAAUAAGUGCCUCAGAGUUAGGUUGCAAAGCAGGCAUUGGUAGAGGAACAUUUCUUAAGUAUGGAGCUGGUGGUGGGGCUGGUCAUGGAGGCCAGGGUGGUAUAGGGAUUUACAACGGCAUGACAAGUGAAGGAGGUCAAAAAUAUGGCAGUGCUUAUCUUCCAUGUGAGCUAGGAAGUGGUAGUGGUUCUCUUGAGUCAGGCGAUAGCAAUGCUGGUGGGGGAUUAAUAGUCAUUGGGUCGAUGAAAUGGCCACUUGCAAGAUUGUUAAUUUAUGGUUCUGUGAGCUCUAAUGGUGAAAACAAUAGAGACACAACUGGAAAUUCCAGUGGGUCCUUCAAAGGUGGCAUUGGUGGUGGUUCUGGAGGAACAAUUCUUUUUUUCCUUCAAGGGCUUCUGGUAGAGAAAAAUUCUUCACUGUCAGCAUCUGGGGGCAAAGGAGGCAUACAUGGUGGAGGUGGUGGUGGCGGUGGCAGAAUACACUUCCACUGGUCAAAUAUUGCUACUGGAGACGAAUUUGUUCAGAUUGCUUCAAUCAAUGGUACAGUAGCAUCAAGUGGAGGUUCCGGUAAUGAUGAUGGGCAUUUUGGAGAAGAUGGAACAAUAACAGGAAAGGAGUGCCCUGUGGGACUAUAUGGAACAUUUUGUACGGAAUGCCCAGUUGGAACAUAUAAAAAUGUUGCUGGGUCCAACUCAUCUCUCUGCACCCCUUGUUCUUUGAAUGCUCUUCCAAACCGUGCUGACUUCAUAUAUGUAAGAGGUGGUGUUACCCAGCCAUCCUGCCCGUAUAAGUGCAUAUCUGCUAAGUACAAGAUGCCAAAUUGUUACACACCACUUGAGGAAGUUAUAUAUACUUUUGGGGGUCCUUGGUCUUUUGCAGUUUUCCUAUUCUUUGCAAUUAUUCUUUUGGCACUCAUCUUAAGUGCCGUAAGAGUUAAAAUUGGUGAGAGUGAAGUGACGUAUCGGGCUACAAGUGCAAUCCACAAUGAUGCCUAUGCUUCUUCGCCUUUUUUGCUUUCAUUGGCUGAGGUACCUGGGGCCAGCAGGGCAGAAGAAACACAAAGCCAUGUGCACAGAAUGUACUUCAUGGGACCUAAUACAUUCCGAGAACCGUGGCAUCUUCCUUACUCGCCCCCUGAAUCUAUAAUUGGCAUUGUGUAUGAAGAUGCUUUUAAUCGUUUUAUCGAUGAGAUAAACUUGGUAGCAGCCUUUGAGUGGUGGGAAGGUUCUGUGCAUAGUAUACUUGCAGUACUUGCAUAUCCUUGUGCCUGGUCUUGGAAGCAAUGGCGCAGAAGAAAGAAAAUCCAUCGUCUUCAAGAAUACGUUAAAUCUGAGUACGACCAUUCAUGUCUUCGCUCUUGCAGAUCACGGGCUCUAUAUAAAGGGCUGAAGGUUGGUUCAACUCCAGACUUGAUGGUCGCUUACAUUGAUUUCUUUCUGGGAGGUGAUGAGAAACGACUUGAUGUAGCGGCCACAAUCCAGAAGAGGUUUCCAAUGUGUUUAAUUUUUGGCGGUGAGGGGAGCUAUAUGUCCCCAUACCACCUGCACAGUGAUACAUUACUGUCAAAUCUUCUUGGCCAGUAUGUGUCUACUGCGAUCUGGAACAGAUUAGUAGCUGGCUUGAAUACUCAGUUGAGGACAGUAAAGCAACGCAGCAUCCGGUCAACUCUGGGCCCGGUUGUUUCUUGGAUUAAGAGUCAUGGGAAUCCCCAACUUGAGCGACAUGGUGUUCGAGUAGAGCUAGGGUGGUUUCAGGCCACUGCUUCUGGUUAUUACCAGCUAGGUAUUGUUGUAGCAGUGAAUGAAAACUUCUACAAGAGUCACCACCAUCACGAGCAUGCCCCAGAUUUUGGUGAUCGCUCAAGGAAGAAUUUUGCAGUUCCACUACUGGGUUCCAAGCAGGCAGUUCAGGAUCAGCCUUGCACAAGCUACGGUGUUUCCAGAAAGCGGUUGACAGGCGGAGUGACUGGUGGGGUCAUAAACGAAGAGACACUGAAGUCACUGGACUACAAAAGAGACUAUCUAUUCCCUCUGUCGUUGCUCUUGCAAAAUUGCAGGCCUAUUGGCUAUGCGGAAACAUUGCAGUUGCUUAUCUGUGUUGUACUUGUGGGUGAUUUUACCAUCACCUUGCUUAUGCUUGUACAAUACUACUGGAUAUCUGUUGGAGCUUUCCUCGCUGUACUGCUUAUUCCACCCCUUGCUUUGCUUUCCCCUUUUCUUGCUGGCCUCAAUGCACUUUUCAGCCGAGGACCAAAAAGAUCUUCUGUCACCCGUAUUUUUACACUUUGGAAUACUACUUCUGUUAUAAACAUUAUUGUAGCAAUCGUCUAUGGUGCUAUGUACUCUGGGCUAUCUUCUUUGACAGUGUCUUCAGUUCAUGCAUCAAACGCCAAAAGCUUCAAGGGUAGGGAUGAUGAUGGAUGGUGGAUAAUGCCAGUCGUCUUGUUUGUUGUCAAGUCGCUUCAAGCCAGACUGGUCAACUGGCACAUAGCAAAUCUGGAGAUCCAGGAUCAUUCCUUGUUUAGCCCUGACCCGGACAGAUUCUGGACAAUGUAG